AUGUAUCGUUCCAGGCUGAAGCAGACCGUCAGGCUAGCAAUCUUCGAGGAUCGGGAGCCUUAUCUCGCGAUGGUCUUCGCCAACAGCCUAUUGGGAUCUCACUUGCGGGAAACGCUCAUAUUAGCGGCGGUACUGUCGCAGGCGGAGACGUCUACCACAACACUCAAGCUCAACGAAAGAAGGCGAUACAUACCGGUCGUGGAAGGAGGGAGGGGAUCGUAUUAUCUGGGGUUCCGGAAUGCAUCCAGGGCCAUUCACGAUCUGGAGAAACACCAGAAGACAUCAACCAAGAAGGUCUGCGUCGUCUUUGCAUACUGCCGGUACACGGAACCUUUAACGGUCAAUGAUAUCCUCGAGGCCCUCGUCAAGCAGUUCCUCGAGUGCGACCCUUCCCUGGUGGCUGUUGUUGAUCCACUCUACUCGCGGUACAGCCUCGACGACUCGGCUCGCCCAACGCAAGAGGAGCUUUUGGAACUCGUGAAGCAGUUGGAAACACAUUUCGACAUCGUGUACUACGUCAUUGACGGGCUGGAUGAAGCAAGGAUGGACACACAAUUCGAUCUCAUCGAGGCUAUCAACAAUCUUCGGGGCAGGUUCUCCCUCACAUCACGACCUUUGAAGAGCCUAGCAAUGGACCUUCGCAACGCCAGAUUCUACCCCAUUACAGCCAACGCUUCGGAUAUCCUCCUCCUUGUCGCUAAGAAGAUUACGCGAAACCCGGGAUUUAGAAGAUUACUGGAGCAGAACCAUCUCACACAAGAAUUGGUCGUUAAGAUUUUAGCGAAGUCGAGUGGCAUGUUCCUCCAUGCUGCACUGCAAAUCGAGAUGAUCCACAAGUGUGUCGACGUCUCUUGCGUGAAGAAGAACCUCAGCCGGUUCCCAGAACGGUUGCAAGAUUUGUAUGACAUGGCGAUGGACCGAAUCAAUGACCAGAUCCCCCACAACGCCAUGCUGGCGAAUCAUGUCUUGCUAUGGCUCGUUUUUGGAUGUGCAGCUCUAACAUUGACCGACCUACAAUACGCCCUUUCCGCCACAUAUGACGGGGAUGUCCAGGUCGAUGCAGAUGGCAUUCUCUCCUUAUGCUGCGGCUUGGUCCACAUUGAAAAGACCAUUUUCGUCCGCCUCAUCCACUUCACCGCUAAAGACGCACUGGGCCCGAUCCUCAAGGAGAAGACCUUCCCCAACCCACACGGUAUCCUUUUCAGAGCGACCACAAAAAGGCUUAUGGAAUUUAACAUUCUGAAUAACGCCAAGCCUGAAAAGGACCUGUUCGAGCGCCUUCUUUCCGACCAUCCGAUGCUCCGCUACUCGUACGACCAUUGGUCCUCCCAUGCGCUGGAGUGCAUGUCCGACCCCGUAUACGCCGCAGAGGUUAUGCAAGUAGUCAAACUUUGCGUCUCUUACCCGUGCAUGGACCUGGGAUGGGAUGGGAUGGAGCACCUUCACCCUCUUCAUGUAGUAGCAAGAUACGGCUUCCACGACCUAGUGGACGAAGUCGUGACAGAAGUAGCCAAAGGAGACCUCAGCCUGCGUACCCAAGGCAAUCUCGGCGCAACGGCACUCAUACUGGCAUCGGAAUACGGCCAUGUAGAGGUCGUUAAUCGACUUCUGCAGUUCAAUCGAUGGACGAUGAUCAGGUCUGUCAUUGUAGGCCAGAGCCGCCCAGGGAUGCAUCUAAUCACGGCUCAAGUCAACCUGCGGGACAAUUUGGGAGGGACGGCUUUGAUGAGGGCUGCGUCCAGCGGACGUUUGGAAGCCGUGCAGCGCCUACUCGACGACCCGGAAAUCGACGUCAAUCUCCAGGACCAUGACGGGCGGACAGCUUUGAUGCAUGCGUCACCCAAAGCCAUCGUCCCUCUCCUAGAGCGCCAGGACAUCCAGGUCAACAUUCAGGACAAUAAGGGGUACACCGCGCUGAUGAAGGCCUCCGAGUACGGCGGUACGGCUCGGAUCAUUGUUCAGCACUUAGUCCAGCACAAGGAUAUCCAAAUCAACCUCCGCAACCAGAAAGGCGACACGGCCCUAAUGUGCGCUGCGGCCAAGGGUCGCUCUAGGAACGUGAAGCUUUUGCUCCAGCACGAAGAUAUUGAUGUUAACGCCGAGUCUGGUGGAUGGACGGCUUUGAUGCUGGCAGCGAAGAACGGAGACGAAGAAACUGUACGCGCCCUCCUGGAUUUCGAGGCCACCGACGUCAACGCGAGGACCAAGAUUUACGGCUCGACGGCUCUAAUGAUCGCCACUAUUCAAUCCCAUCCCGGACGAGGGGAGGACUCCCUUACAAGAGGCACAGAUCCCUGA